CUAACCCUCUGUAUGAUAAUCCUGAAAGGAACCAAUGAUUGCACCGUUUGUGGAUGAUAUCUUUUUCCAUGCCUAAAGUUCUACCGUUAGCCGCCACCAUCUCAUCUUCAAAAGAACACCAUAUGAGCUCCCCACCACACAUUCGAAACUACAUCUUUUAGUCCUAUUUACCCUCUUUUUUUUUUUUUGUGUGUCUUUGAAUGCCCAAAAUACCAUAUGCUUUCUACCACUGUUGUUCAAGUGACUAUCCUGCCCAUGGAUAGACUCUUCAUUUUGCCAAAGAGGAGACCUAUUCUGGGUAAUUAACCCGCACACGAUAGUUUGGACUGAUUUUUCUGAAAGGAAGAAAGAAGAACAUCAAUAAUGAGAUCAUUACAGAAUGUACUCCUCUUCAAGCUGCUGAUACAGUCUCUUUUCAAUUGAAAGAAAGAAACGGCAACCAAGUAAAGAAACAGAUGGCAAGUUGAUAGAGUGUUUCUGCUCCCCCAGAAACUUUAACUGGAGCUGCAGCAUGUGCAUGCCUUCCUACUUUUGCCUCCGUGUUGACUAUAUUAUGGGGAUGUGAACAUGGUAAACAUACUCCAAUCACUGGCAUGUUGGGUAUUGAUCAGGAGGAAACUGCACCAGCUGCCACUUCUAACAUGUCUGCCAAGAAGAAAGAACUACAGUCCACUGCCAUGAAGAGGACCACUGAAUGGAUUUUCUCCCAGGAAAUUCCGAGUGAUGUCACUGUUUGUGCUGGUGGAAAUUCCUUUUCAUUGCACAAGUUUCCGUUAGUCUCAAAGUGUGGAUACAUAAGGAAAUUGGUAUCUGAAUCAAGUGAUUCUGAUCUUUCUAUGAUUGAACUCUCUGAUGUUCCCGGUGGGGCAGACGCGUUUGAGCUAGCAGCAAAAUUUUGUUAUGGAAUUAAUUUUGAAAUGAAUACAGAAAACAUUGCCAUGCUUAGAUGUGUGGCUGAAUAUCUUGAGAUGACAGAGGACUAUGUGGUUGGAAACUUGGUGGCGAGAACUGAAGCUUAUUUGAAUGAAGUUGCACUUAAGACCCUUGCAGGGGCAGUUUCCAUCUUGCAUAACUCGGAGAACCUCCUUCCGGUCUCGGAGAAGGUAAAAUUGGUCAGCCGAAGCAUAGACACAAUAGCAUAUAUAGCCUGCAAGGAUAGCCAAUUUUCUAUCUCAAGUAGAACAGAAAGUGGUAUGGAGGGUGUCAUUUCUUCUUCAGGGUCUAACCUGAAACCCAUCGUUGAUUGGUGGGCUGAAGAUUUGACUGUCCUCAGAAUUGACAUCUUCCAGCGGAUUCUAAUUGCGAUGAUGGCAAGAGGGUUUAAGCAAUAUGCAUUGGGUCCAAUACUCAUGCUCUAUGUGCAAAAAUCCCUUCGAGGUUUGGAUAUAUUUGGCAAAGGGAGGAAGAAAAUUGAGCCAAGACAGGAACAUGAGAAGAGGGUUAUUUUGGAAACAAUAGUUAGUCUUCUGCCAAGGGAGAAGAAUGCCAUGUCAGUUAGCUUCCUCUCUAUGCUGCUUCGGGCUGCAUUAUACCUUGAAACAACUGUAGCUUGCCGGCUUGACUUGGAGAAGCGAAUGGGUCUGCAACUUAGCCAAGCUGUUCUUGAUGAUUUAUUGAUCCCUUCAUUUUCUUUUGAGGGGGACACAUUGUUUGAUGGGGAUACAGUGCAGAGGGUUAUGAUGAAUUACCUUGAAUAUGAAAGGGAGGGGAGCCAUUUGGGCUACAGUGCAGAUGAAGAUUUUGUUUCUCCUCCCCCAAGUGACAUGGAAAAGGUUGGGAGGCUAAUGGAAAACUACCUUGCUGAAAUAGCAUCUGACCGUAACUUAUCUGUAUCAAAAUUCAUUGCUCUUGCUGAACUUAUACCAGAACAAUCAAGGGUAACAGAGGAUGCUAUGUAUAGAGCCUUAGACAUCUACUUGAAGGCCCAUCCUGCUUUGAGUGACUUGGAAAGAAAGAAAGUUUGCAGUGUGAUGGACUGCCAGAAGCUAUCUCGCGAGGCCUGUGCUCAUGCUGCUCAGAACAAUCGGCUCCCUGUCCAAACUGUGGUUCAAGUGCUUUACUAUGAGCAACAACGACUCCGCGAGGGCAUGAAUGGCAGCCUAUCAGCGGGUGAUCAGUCGCCUGCUCUGCCCCCUAAGGCGAACUUUUUCACCACCGACAGCCACCCAGUUUCAGAUGAGCUCUCCAGCCUAAGACGAGAAAACCAGGAUCUCAAAUUUGAGCUACUCAAAAUGAAAAUGAGAUUGAAAGAAAUUGAAAAACCAACUGAAAGAUCGGCUGCAAGCAGUCCAUCAGGAGGGAGCCAUUCAUCAGCUGCCGAUAAGCCUCCCCUGCCUCGAAAAUCAAUCAUCAGCUCCAUGUCCAAAAAACUGGGGCGAUUAUAUCCUUUUAUGCGCGGCGACGGAGUCACGCCUUCCAAAGGCCGGGCCAAACCCAGCAGAGAUCGUCGCCAUUCGAUAUCAUGAGACACUCAUCUCUCCGCCCAGUUCCAUUGCUAGCUACUUUGUGAUCGAGAAAGAGUAUGAUCUCUUUGUUAAGUUCUUGUGAAGGCUUGUAUUGUCUUAAUUUAUCUCUUUUGAUUGUGCAAUGUUUCUGUAAUUAUGUUGUUAUUCUUUUGUCAUCUGGAACAUUAGUUGAAGCUGAUCCAGUGAAUUUAUCUGAAAAAGUGAAUUUAUCGGUGUCCCAGACACCCUUUUUUCA